AUGAAUACCAUUUUUUCCUUCAUCUUUCAUCUACUUAUAUUAAUAUACUUCCCGCAAAAAAACAUGGCUUUAAAUCCUAACAGUAUACCUGUUGAAUCAAAGAAGCUGUUCGUGCCUCCUUUAUCAGAAGUGGCCGAAGCUAUAAAUAAUACUUUAAAAACUAAUUUCGCUGAGGUUAGUGUUGAAGUAGUUGAUUGCCCCGAUUUAAGACAACAGCCAUUCACCCUAGCAAGUGAAGGUCUAGGUGGUAACACAAAAAUAAUAGAAUUAGGUGGAAACCCUUAUCUCCUUCCUGAAGUCCACAGAGAAAAAUAUUACGAUUUAAAAGACAUUGCAAAGCUGGUGAAUUCAAAUCCUUCGUUUAUAAUCGGUGCAGGCGCAGGUCCCAAUCAGUAUGUUGGAGUUAAUUGCGAGGGGGUGUACAAUGUUAUGAUUGCCGAUGGUGAGGUUGUUAAUCAAAGCACCAGAAUUUCCAAAGUCGAUUCCAACGAUGAUAAAUCCAUACAGGAAAUUUUACCCAAAAAUGAAACUAGGUUGGCUUUGCUGGGUAACCUAUUUUUUUCGGAAGGAAAACCAGGAAAGGUUCUCAAAGUGCAUGCAAAGAAACGUACCGGUGAUGACAACUUUAUUACAUCAAUAAGAAAAGCUAUCGUUGCAAAGUACAAUGACUUAGUAGGUAUCGGAGGUGUGUUUCUGAUGAAAGAAGGAAAAGGAAAAUUCCACGUAAUGCGCGACUUCUCCAAAACGCCCAUACAAAACGAAGAGCAACUAAACAAAUGGUUGAAGUUUUACAAUUUCUCAGCUCCUCUCGUCAGUGUAGGAACAUUGGUCAACAGUGAUGGGGGAGAACUCGAUUUAAGGGUUCAACACUUCCACACUUUCAGCCAUCACGGAGAGGCUGGUCAUUACCAUUAUGAUACAACGCCCGAAGAAGUCGAGUAUUUGGGAUUCUUUAAUGUGGGAGAAAUGUUGUAUAGAAUAGAUAAGCCGGUAAACACCCAUAAUUGGGGUAGAGAUUAA